UUAAAAAAUUUAUUAAGGUUCCACUUGUAGUAAUUUUUGUGUAAAAGAGGUGGUCACUAAAUAUAUUUUUAAUACAAAGGUAGUAUUUAGUUCACAUUAAUGGUGUCUCAAAAUAGCACGGAUAAGUACACUUAGAUGUUUUUAAGAUUAUCUUAGGAAGUACCAAGAAGAACUGUAGUACCUUAUAUUAAAUAGACAGCACUUCUAGAACAUUAUGGAAGUUUACUUCUUUAUUCUUUUAUUUUGUGGUGUGAUGUACCUAAACAUUUGUCCCAUCAGAAACCUGUAUUUCCUCUCCUACUUCCUCUUUAAUUUUCUCUAUCCAACUUUUCCAGCUUUCCUUUUCCUACUUUUCUUUCUGUACGUCCUGUCUAGGUCUCUGUGAGCGUUGUGCUCAUUAGGAGGUGUUUAGAAAGCUGCUGAAGUGAGAAAUGGCCCCGCAAGAGCUCGUUGUCCUAAUUAAACUUUGACAAGAAGAGUGACAAGAUGCAAUGGAGGGGAAACAAUAGCAACAGUGUCCGAGUACGAGCACGAAGCUGGGAAAGUCUUUGUCCCGCUGAAACAAAAGCAUUUGUUUGCAUGUAUUCAACUCCAUUCAGCUUCACAAGACCCAGGUGCAAAAACCAACAUCAGAACUCAUCACACCUUGGUCCGUCUGAUGCUCGGCCCGCAGUCGCUUCAAAUCCAUUCCUCCGCGAGCUGAUCAAAGCCGCUUUGUUAAAAUUUCUGUACACGUUCACAUUUUCAACUACUAUGGCACAGAAUGGAACUAUAGAGAAUGGGGGCUCUCGAAACGUUGCCCCUCCAACUCUUCCUCAACCUGUUAAAAACCCAGAGAUUAAACACACUAAGAUUUUUUUCAAUAAUGAAUGGCACAGCUCAGUCAAAGGAAAGACGUUUCCUACAUUUAACCCUGCAACAGGUGUCAAAAUCAGCGACAUUGAGGAGGCAGACAAAGCUGAUGUAGAUAAAGCGGUGGAAGCUGCCAGAUCAGCCGGGCAGAGGGGCUCUGUGUGGCGGCAGAUGGACGCGUCGAGUCGGGGCGAGUUACUGCACAGACUGGCAGAUCUGCUGGAGAGAGAACGCUGUCUGCUCGCAACUCUAGAGUCAAUGGACACCGGCAAGCCCUUCCUGCAUGCUUUCUUUGUCGAUCUGGAUGGCAGCAUUAAAACCUUGAGAUAUUACGCUGGUUGGACAGACAAGAUUCACGGGAAAACCAUGCCAGUCGAUGAAAACUUUGUGUGUCUCACCAAACACGAGCCCAUCGGUGUGUGCGGCGCGAUCAUACCGUGGAACCUCCCUCUGCUGAUGUUUAUGUGGAAGAUAGCACCAGCCCUGGCCUGUGGAAACACAGUGGUCAUUAAACCAGCAGAGCAAACCCCACUGACCGCUCUCCAUGUUGGUGCUCUAAUAAAGGAGGCAGGUUUUCCACCUGGAGUCGUGAAUAUCGUACCUGGAUUUGGACCUACGGCUGGGGCGGCAAUCGCAAGUCAUAUGAGCAUUGACAAAGUGGCUUUCACAGGCUCUACAGAGGUGGGGCAGCUGAUCAAAGAAGCGUCAGCCAGGAGCAACCUGAAGAGAGUGACUCUGGAGCUCGGGGGCAAAAACCCCUGCAUUGUGUUCGCUGACUCAGACCUGCAGUUGGCGGUUGAGGAGAUUCAGAAAGGUGCCUUCUUUAACCAGGGCCAGGCAUGCACCGCGGCGUCACGCGUGUACGUACAGGAGCAGGUCUAUGAUGAGUUUGUGCGUCUCAGUGUGGAAAGGGCCAAGAACAUAGUGGUCGGAGACCCCAUGGAUCCACGUACCUCACACGGGCCACAGAUUGACCAGCGGCAGUUUGAUAAGAUCCUGGAGCUGGUGAACAGUGGGAAGAAGGAGGGAGCAAAGCUGGAGUGUGGUGGAUGUGCAGUUGAGGACAGAGGCCUGUUCAUCCAGCCCACCGUUUUCUCUGAUGUCAAAGAUCACAUGCGUAUCGCCAAAGAAGAGAUCUUCGGACCGGUUCAGUGCAUCAUGAAGUUUAAAACAUGGGAGGAGGUGAUUGACAGGGCUAACAGCUCACAGUACGGGCUGACGGCCGCAGUGUUCACACGUGACAUAGAUCGAGCCCUUAGUGUGUCUGGGGCCUUGGAGUCUGGAACUGUUUGGGUGAACUGCUACAACGCCUUACAUGCUCAAGCUCCGUUUGGAGGCUACAAGAUGUCAGGAAAUGGACGAGAGCUGGGUGAAUAUGCAUUGGCAGAGUACACUGAGGUCAAAGCCAUCACUAUUAAACUCACAGAGCAGCUGAGACUGUGAUCUGUGGUAUUACUGAUCUGAGACCAGUCCUUUACUGUGGACAACAUCUAUGCACAGACUGCUUUCAUUUGUAACUGCUGCUGCAUCUGUCAAUCAAAGGAUGGAAAAAUCCGGCUUUACCAUGAAAUGAUUUCUCAUUUUCCUUAAUCCGUAAUGUAUCAGUCCCUGUUUAUUGUUUGUAGAUGUUCUGUACAGAUUAAAAGAAAUUUGUUUUUUUA